GGUAUAUAUCUGAUAUACCAUGGGGUAUGAUAUACCAUUAGCACUCAGGGCUCUACCACCCAGUUUAUAAUUAGAUAUAAGCAACUGGAGACAACUCACCACUCAGAUAUAUUUUGGUCCAUGACCAUGGUUCCAACAUGGCCAUUUAGCCUAGUCCCCAAUGCCUGGCCAACGUUUGCGUCGCGUGCAGGUGGAAAGACAGACCGCGAAUGGACAGGCACAUCGCGGCGCCUGCGCGUAGUCUCUGUUUAGCGUUCCACCACAAAUCAACAAGAGGAUCGACAUUAAACUAAGUGGGAUCAUUAAACAAGGGGGAAGAUGAACAAUAGCCUCUCUCUCAAAGCAGAUGACAGGAUCAUUUAUGAAAUGGCAACAAAGGAAUGAACAAAAGUCAUGAGUUACACACUGAAGAAAAGAGAGGGAAAUAAACACAAAGUAGAACAAAAGGAAGGGCUGAAAGGAGAGGAAGUUAGAAAGAAAGAGGAAGAGAAACACAUCUGCAGACAGAGGGGCUAUUUGAGCAAUCAUUCAUCAGUUUCCACUGCAGGUUGAGAAACGUCCACACUCCUCCUGGGUUUAACCACUAGGCCUACUAUUAUGACAACUCAUGUUGGUGUGCUAUGAACUCAAAUGCUACUGCUAUUAUUUCUACUAUGGCCACCACUACCACUUCAAGUCUUAGGUGUUUGAACCCUGUCAUAAAACGUGUUAUCUCUAACAGCCAUUGAUUGAAAAGAAGGGGAGUUAACCAGUAUAUUUUCUGAUAAGUGCAGUUUGAAUUGGAAUGCCACACCUUAUCUCUCCCACCCAGCACUUCUUUCUAGUGAUACAGAUACUUUUCAGCCAGUCGCUCUCAAACACUCAAAGCAAGUAUCAAGAGGGAUAUUAAGGAAAGAGGGAGAGAGCGAGGGAGAGAAAGAGCGAGGCAGAGAAAGAGUGAGGGAGGGCGUAUAGAAAAGUCAGAGGUUAGAAAAGGGGUCUCUUUGAAUACAGUCACCCAUUAACCUCACAUUAAUAAGACAACAAGAACAGUCCUUUGAGUGACAGUUAAACAGGCAGCCAGCCAGAGUCAGAGCAGGGAGUCAGUCAGCCAGGUAGGUAGCUAUCAGUCGGUCAGCCAGCAAGCCAGUCAGAGCAAGUACUCAGUCAGCCAGGCAGGUAGCUAGUCAGCCAGUCAGGCAGUCAGUCCGUUAAUCAGCGAGGAUGCUGGGAUGCGAGGGGGGAGGGGUGGGGUUGCGCUACAGGCUGACCCUGGCCACAGGACUGGUGGAGUGUCUGUGUUUCGCCGGCGUGGUCUUCGGCUGGGCAUCGCUGGUCUUCGUCCUGAAGACAGACGGAUACUUCACUGACCUCUGUGUCAAUCUGACUACUGGACCCAACAGUACAGUGGAAACAGUGGACAGGAUGAACAGUUCUCCCUGGUCUUCAUCAUCCCUAAUCUCUCUCCCAUCCCUCCAUCUCUCUCUCUCUCUCGCUCUCCCAUCCCUCCAUCUCUCAGACUGUAGUGGACAGGAUGAACAGUUCUCCCUGGUCUUCACCGUCACCUCCUUUAUGAACAACUUCCUCACGCUUCCCAACGGAUUCAUCUUCGACCGCUUCGGCACCAUGGCAACGAGGCUUCUGGGAAUAUGUCUCUACACCACUGGUACACUGAUGGUUGCCUUCUCCAGUUCAGCUCUGUCCAUGCUGCUGUUCCCAGCCCUGUCCUUCAUCGCAGUGGGAGGUAUAUUGUUCCUCAUCACAAACAUACAGGUUGGGAACUUGUUUGGCUCCCAUCGUUCCACCAUCAUCACUCUCUAUAAUGGAGCCUUCGACUCUUCCUCCGCUGUCUUCCUCAUCAUCAAGGUGAUGCAUGAAGGAGGGGUCUCCCUCCGCUCCUCCUUCCUCAUUCUCUCCGUCUGCAGUGUCAUCCACCUCCUCAGGACGUUCUUCCUCAUGCCCAACACCCACAUUCCCUACCCACUCCCCGAGGGCUUCACCUAUGGCGUAAGCCCUGGAAAGUCCAACAGCUACAACGUCGAGGAGUCUGAGAAGACGCGAGAGACGGGGAGGACACCGGAGGGGGAGGGGCCAGCUGAGACCGACGACAUGCCCCUACAGCCUGAUGAUGGGCAGCAGUCGGAAGACUCCGGGAAAGUGGCCAGUUUCAGGAGCUGUGUGCAGUCGGGGUUCUUCCUGUGGCAUCUGGUGUGGCUGUCUGUCAUGCAGCUGAGACACUACCUCUUCAUCGGAACACUGAACCCCAUGCUCAACCGGCUGGCCGACAACGACUCAGCCCUGGUGAGUCAGUACACCAAUGCCUUUGCCUUCACCCAGCUGUGUGGGGUCCUCUGUGCUCCCUGGAACGGCCUCAUCAUGGACAGACACAAGGGGAAGCCUCUGGCUCCAGGAGAAACAGAUAAGGAGGCAGACCUGCGCUCCUCCUCUCUCUCCCUCUUCCUCACCUCCCUCCAGUGCCUCCUCUUCUCCAUCUGCGCCUCCUCUCCUCUCCUCCCUCUCCAGUACCUCACCUUCAUCCUGCAGGUCCUCAACCGCUCCUUCCUCUACGGAGGCAACGCAGCCUUCGUCAGCAUCGCUUUUCCUGGGGUCCACUUUGGGAAGCUGUAUGGUUUGGUGAUGUCUCUGUCUGCCGUGGUGUCACUGCUGCAGUACCCCUGUUUCGCCCUGGUCAAAGGAGCUCUAGGUGGAGACCCCUUCUAUGUGAACAUCGCUCUGACUCUCCUCACUUUGCUGGCCUUCAUCCAUCCAAUCAACAUCUUCUACCACUGCAGGAAACUGACCAAUCAGAGGGAGGAUAUGGCCGGCGGUGCUGCCAUCACAUUGGCUGAGGCCAAAAUGUAGGGGACAUUACAUGAGGGUCCUGAGCCAAGGGAAACAGGAAUUGUCUUAUUUCUAAUUGUUUAAAGGGAAUAUGUAAAAUAAUAAAAAGCUUUUUUCUACUUAUGUUUUACAGUAAUCCCAUAUAUUCCAUCAGUAUGUUUUGUUGGAUAGUUGUCAAUAAAAAUGAUUAUCCAU